GAAGAAACAUUGUACAAACACUAGAUCUACUGUAAUGGAAAUGGUUGAAGAAGAAGCAUCAGUAGCAGGGCUCACCAUUAAGACAACUGGUAAAGAUAAAGAUGGUUUAGCUUGGACCGCUAAGGAUCUGCAUUCUCCGAGCUUAAAAUCAUCAAUGGAGUCAUCUCCUUACAACUCUCCUUCCUUGGUGUCCCCACCAUCGUCCGCCUUUGUUUCCGCUUUGCAGUCGCCGUAUAUAUCACCGAGGGCCACAAUCCCGAAACCCCAAGAGAACUCUAACUGUAACCCUGCUCUUGUCUCUCUUUCAUCGUCGCCACUAGUCUCAUCAUCACACAUAGGGGAUUCACAGUCCGAUGAUAUACCGAGUAGUUCCUACACUCCACCAUCGGACCAGUACGAGUACUCCGAUGACCCCUCGUAUCCAAAGCUCAAGUUUGUAACUUGUGUUCCAGUUCCAGAUCCUGGUCCACGCGUCUCAUUCUCGUUUCCAGUGCCUCGAAUUUCCUUCGCAAAAGCUCCUGUUUCUCCGGCAUCUAAUGCCAAACUCCGGAGUUGUGAUGUUUUCAUCGGCUUCCAUGGUCAGAAUCCUAACUUGGGUCGCUUCUGUAAGUGGCUUAAGUCGGAGCUGGAGCUUCAGGGGAUUGCUUGUUUUGUUGCGGAUAGAGCCAAGUAUUCGGAUACUCAGAGCCAUGAGAUUGCGGACCGAAUCAUCUGCUCGGUCACGUAUGGAGUCGUGGCGGUCACCAGUUGUAGCUUUCUCAACCAUCAUAGCUUGGAGGAAAUUAGAUUCUUUACUCAAAAGAAGAACUUGAUCCCACUAUUCUUCGACACGGGACCGGCCGAUAUCACUGGGCUUCUCAACUGCAAUUCACUUGAUAAAGAAUGCAAAGAAGCAAUCGAAGGAGUAAUCAAGUGUAACGAGUUCAAACUGGAAGCCAAUCAGGGUAACUGGAGAAGCUGUGUAGCUAAAACUGCAGUAAUACUACGAACUAAGCUUGGGAGGAAGAGUGUGGCAGAGAAAGACUUUGUUGGUGAAGGAUUUGAGUUGCUGCCCUUCCCCAGAAACAGGUUUUUUGUGGGAAGAGAGAAGGAGAUUGUGGAGAUUGAAUCUGCCUUAUUUGGAGUUGCUGAGCAAGAUCAUUGUUGCUCGAUGAUGCCCAUUAUCAAAGGCGAAGCGAGCGGACAAUCCGAAGGGCUUGCAGAAGAAGAAAGUGAUAAUGUUUCCACUAGGGGGAGGUUCAUCAAUCUGGAAUUCGGUAAGAGCAAAGAGCCUACGCCUGAGGCAUGUAUUGAACCAGUUAUGGGGAGAAGUUCGAUGAAAAGAUCGAAAUUCAAGAAGUCGAAAAGUGGGAACUACAAGAGCUUAGGCAGCGGUGUCAUUUGCGUAAAUGGUGUCCCUGGCGUUGGAAAGACGGAGCUUGUUCUUGAGUUUGCCUAUAGAUAUGCCCAGAGAUAUAAGUUGGUUCUUUGGGUUGGUGGAGAAGCUAGAUAUUUCCGGCAGAAUAUACUGAAUUUAUCACUCAACUUGGGAUUGGAUGUGAGUGCCGAAGAGGAGAAGGAAAGGGGCCAAAUUCGAAGCUUCGAAGAUCAAGAAUUGGAAGCAUUCAAGCGGGUGAAGAGGGAGCUGUUUCGGGACAUGCCUUAUCUUUUGAUCAUCGACAAUCUCGAAACGGAACGAGAGUGGUGGGAAGGGAAAGACCUGCAUGAGUUGAUUCCUAGGAACACCGGAGGGACUCAUGUGAUCAUCACAAGUAGGCUACUAAAGGUGAUGAAUUUCGACAUAAUGCAGCUUCCUCCAUUGCCUUUAUCUGAUGCAAUGAUAUUAGUACGAGGAAGAAGGAAAAAGGAUUACCCGGCUGAUGAGAUGGAGUUCUUGAGAAAAUUUGAUGAGAAACUGGGAAGAUUGAGCUUUGGUUUGUCGAUUAUCGGUUCACUACUUUCUAAACUGCCCAUUUCUCCAUCUCAACUCUUUGAAGCUGUGAACCAGGUCUCUACUUCACUUGAAGAUGGCUCUACUUCACCCGCUGAUGAGCAGUUCUUCAAACACAAUCCUUUCCUGAUGAAAAUUCUAUGUUUCUGCUUCGCCGUCUUGCACCAAGUCAACGGCAGAAGGAACGGUAUUCUAGCCUCGCGAAUGCUUCUUGUUGGUGCUUGGUUUGCCCCAUCACCGAUAUCGGCAAAUUUGCUAGCUACUGCGGCCAAGUACAUGCCUGUUGGUGGAAACAGAUUCAAAAGAUGGACCAAGUGUCUAAGUCUCACUUUCAGUUGUUGCGGUGGAUGCGGUUUAGCUACUCAAAGCGACGAAGAUUGUGCCAAUCUCCUCGUGAAGCUAGGAUUGACAAGAAGAGCCAACGGGCAGAAUGGAUGUUGGAUUCAGUUCCAUCCUAUAACUCAAGCGUUUGCAAAGAGAAAAGAGUGCUUAUCGGCAGCUAAAGGCACUGUCCUCAGCAUAAGAAAGAUCGGGAACCCAUUGCUGAAUUCCGAUCACCUAUGGGCUACUGCAUUUCUCGUAUUCGGGUUCAAGUCGGAACCUCCCGUUGUGCAGUUAAAAGCAAUAGAUAUGGUGACAUAUAUCAAGAAGACGGCACUACCACUGGCGAUCGGAGCCUUCACGAAAUUCUCGAGAUGCAACUCAGCAUUGGAGUUAUUGAAGGUGUGCACGAGUGUGUUGGAGGAAGUAGAGAAGUCGUUCGUAUCUUGUGUUCAAGGGCCGCUGUGUUGGAGGAACAAGUUACAAGGGAAGCAAAGGGUGGACGAGUACGUAUGGCAAGAAGUGACAUUGCUGAAGGCCACCCUGCUGGAAACCAGAGCCAAGCUGCUGCUGAGAGGUGGCCAUUUCGAUAGCGGUGAAGAGCUGUGCCGAACUUGUAUUAGUAUUCGGACGGUCAUGCUGGGGCACAAUCAUGCCCAGACCUUGGCUGCUCAAGAAACACUAGCAAACUUGGUGAGAAUGAGAAGCAAGAUAUGAUACUAUAUAUACAUGGGCAGCUCAUUCUCAAAGGAAUACAAGUUCAGUUUUGUUCACAGAACGUAAAA